CGCAUUAUUUCGCUUAUGACUUCUGACCAACUAUGUUGACGCGUAUAAGCAUAGUUUUAAUAACACUCGGCUGUAUGCAGAUAUCACAGUCUGCAAAACGUGCCGUCGGCUUGAAACUCUACAACUUUACAUGUACACCAUAUUCAAAUUUGAUCGUUGAUUAUGCUUGUACUCUUAAAAAAUGGAGCAACACCGAAUACGCAUACAGUACUAUGUUCAAGUUGAGACACCAAUUGUCAAAAAAUGCUGAAGUGGAAAUUUUGCUAGAUGCAAAGCCUUCUACGGGAAAAAAUCUUAUGAAAUUGAUAAGAAUAAGAAUAAGCAUAUGCGAAGCAUUGAAUCAGAUGUUCUCUAAUCCCAUAUUGAAGACGCUUAUGAUUGAAUUGUUCCGCACCACUAACUUGCCUUAUGCAUGUCCCAUAAAUGGGAACUACAUGUAUAACGCAACCGAUUGUAUAAUAAGCGAUGAUUUGGUACCUUCUUACUUAGUAAACCUGCAGUUUAACUUUACCGUUAAUUUCUUGGAGAACCGACGACGUUUUGUCGAACUACUCAUUCGGGGAGCUACAGUACGUAAGAAGUAAAUUCAGUAACGUUAACUAAGUAAAAUGUGAUUAGAUGCAACCA